AUGCCGCUCACCCUCACCUGUAACUGCACCUCUCCCCUGAAGGUUCUCUUCACCGAAACUGUUUCUCCUGCAGUGUUCCCCAGGUCGAAUCCAGGUUCAAGAGCGAGACAAGCUGAUACUCGCUCAACACCACCCGUGACGACCAGCCAGCAGAAGCCCCCGGAUGGCGGCCGCCAUUUUGAAACUGGAGGCGAGCCUCUGAGGCGGGUAAGGCCCAGGGCGAUACCAUGUUCCGGGGGUGUACGAGAAGAUCCCAACAUCCCAAGGGAGAAGAGGUACAGUUUCCCAGCGCCACCCCUCUCUUUGACCCAGCGUGGCGAAUGGCAGGUCCCAAGGCCGCAGCUUCCGCCGGCGCCGGUGGCUGAGUUCGUCGCUGCCCUUGGUUGUGGGGUCGUUUUGGGCACCAAGGGCGCAGCACUCAGGAUGAAUAUAAUUCAGAUUGUUCGUGACCACUGGGUACAUAUACUUGUGCCUGUGGGGUUUGUCUUUGGAUGUUACCUAGACCGAAGGAAUGAUGAAACGCUGACCGCCUUCCGGAACAAGAGUUUGUUGUUUAAAAGGGAAUUGAGACCCAAUGAAGAAGUCACCUGGAAGUAAAGGUUGUGACUAAAUUACAGAAUGUUCACAUUUUAAAAAUUAGGAGAGAAAUAAAAGCACAUUCAUUAUUUAA